AUGGACCGCAAGAGCAAGUCCUCCAAGGGCUCCGCGAGCUCGGCAGCGGCGUCCAUGGCCGCGCUCGCUGCCGCCGCGGCGGCCGGCGACAGCAGCUUGGACACCGGGGCGGCCGAGGAGGGCAACCUGCCUGCGAAGAUGGCAGCCGUGGGAGACGCCUCGAGCUCCUCCCCGGUGGCGGCGAGGAGGGCCGUGGCCGCGGGCGGCGGCGCCUCAUCCAGCUCCUCCCCGGUUCCGGUGGCGGAGAGGAGGGGCGCGGCGGCGGCGGCGUCUGUCGCGGCAGGAGGAGGAGGCGGCGGCGGCGGCGGGCCGAGGUGCCAGGCGGAGCGGUGCAACGCCAACCUGAUGACCGACGAGAAGCCGUACAACCGGAGGCACAAGGUGUGCGAGGCGCACUCCAAGGCCCCCGUCGUGCUCGUCGCCGGCCUCCGCCAGCGCUUCUGCCAGCAAUGCAGCCGGUUCCACGAGCUGUCGGAGUUCGACGACAUCAAGCGCAGCUGCCGCCUGCGUCUGGCGGGGCACAACGAGCGGCGCCGGAAGAGCUCGCACGACGCGCACGGCGGCGGCGGCGGCGGCGGCAAUGGAUUCCGCCAACACGCCGACCAGAACGGCCCGGCCGGGAACCACUUCCAGAUCAGAUAA